AUGCUUAUUAUAGGUCUUGGAUGUGGAUGUCAACAACUGAAGAAACCUAUGUUCUUCUUUCUUAUGAACCUGUCAGUGGUUGAUAUUUGUUUUAGUUCAGUUACAAUGCCAUGGACUAUUUACUCUCUCCUAGAAAAGGACAAGACAAUAUCUCUGCCAGCUUGUGUUAUACAAAUGUACAGUUUCUUGGCCUUCACAAGCUCUAACUUCCUUCUGCUCUCAGCAAUGGCCUAUGACCGCUAUGUAGCUAUCUGUGAACCGUUACAUUACAAUGUGACUAUUAACAAGAAAUUAUGUGUUGUUUUUGCCUCAUGUUGUUGGUUAGUUGGCUUUGCUGAUACUCUUCCCCAUGCUUAUUUUGCUCUUAUAGCAUGCUAUAGCAGAUCUAACAGGGUUAAUCACUUCUUCUAUGAUCUGACUGCUUUGAUGAAGCUUUCGUGUUCUGAGACUUAUACCAUAGAAACUAUUACAUACGUAGAAGGAGCCUUUUUAGGUUUUGGCCCAUUCUUACUAACUUUGACUUCCUACAUCUUUAUCAUCAAAGUCAUCUUUAAAAUCAGAUCUACAAAAGGAAGAGCAAAAACCUUCUCAACCUGUUCUUCCCAUCUCAUUGUUGUGGCAAUAUUUUACAGCACCACCUUAAGUAUGUAUGUGCGACCCACCUCUUCCUUUUUACUAGAAGACAAUAAGGUGGUGUCUCUGGUUUUUGUCAUGAUUAUUCCCUCCAUAAAUCCUCUUAUUUAUAGUCUUAGGAAUAAUGAACUAAAACAAGCACUGAUAAUGAAGUUUAAAUUACAUCUGUUUAGAAGAAAGAAGAUGUCUUAG